AUGACACAUCAGAUAGCAACAGACAGUUCGCUAACAGGAAAGAAGACGAGAGCAUGCCUCAACUGCUCAUUAAUACAGACUGUGCAGGAAUUCAGAGAGCAAGGAUGCCCAAACUGUCCAUUUUUGAAUGUGAACAAGAACAGAAACAUUGGAUACACGACAUCCCCUUCUUUCAAAGGAAUGAUAUUUUUGAAGGAUCCUAGGAGUUCCUGGGUUGCCAAAUGGCAGAGAGUAAACCAGUAUCGACCCGGAGUAUAUGCCAUGACUGUAGAAGGAGUCUUGAGUGACAAAUUUAUAGACGACAUUGAAAGAGAUGGGAGAGUAUAUGUCAAUCGAUCCAACUCCUUCGAGUUGGAGUAA